AUGAUCGGAGUGUGGAAGUCUUGGGAGAAGGAAGGGCUUGACAUCAAGGACAUCGUGUGGCCGGGAAAUUCACACACUCCACCCCAGGGAGUCCCUGAGAAGUUCCAUCUCAAGAUAACAUUCCUCGAGGAGCCCCCUUACAUCUCAUUGGCUCCACCCGAUCCCGUCACUGGCAAGUGCAACAUGAACAGGGGAGUCAUCUGCAGAGUGGCCCGAGAAGUUGACAUAGCAGAAAGGGAUGAAAGGCCAAUAGGUUUAAUGGCGGAGCAGCAAUGGAAAGCAUGCCGUCUAGUCUCUAGAGGGUCUUUAACAUUGGACUGGCAUAAUUAA